AAUUUUACUACUUUAUAAAUGGAAGAAUACUUAGAAAAGAAAAUAUAUGUUUACAGAAAGAGUUAUAAUGAUUAUCAUAUAAUUAGUGUAUCAUUAACAGUUGGAAAAUUUAUAUUUAGUGCUUCAGGUCUAUCUGCGUUUGUUAUAGUUCCGUUAGCAGUAUUAAGCUUAGGAGCCGGAAUAAUCGAAGUUAUAGAUAAGUCAUUAAAACUAUCGGAAAGAAAGGAGAAAUACAAGCAAGCAUUUAAAUUUUAUAUACAGCUAUUAAAUCUAUUCAAAGCUGGGAGCAUAUCAGAAUCUGACGUGUAUUUGAGAGAAGAACAGUUUAUUAAAAAUAUGAAAUAUUUCCCAUUAGAGAAAUAUAUAAAGAAAGCACAAUUGAAUGGAUAUAAAUUUUUGAAUAAAUAAAUGAAUAAAAGAGGUGGAGAUGUUGUUGGGUGGUUACAAGAUAAAGUGAAUCCACCUGAAAUGCAUAUACCUGGAUACCAAUAUUGUGGCCCCUUUACAAAACUACAUAAAAGAUUAGAAAGAGGUGAUCCUGGAAUAAAUAGAGUAGAUAAAGUUUGUAAAAAGCAUGAUGUUGCUUAUAGUAAAUCAAAAAAUACAGCUGAUAGACAUAUAGCAGAUCAAGAAAUGUUAAAUGAAUUAGAUCUUAUUAAUAACCCAUCGAGUGCCUUUUAUCCACUUGGAGAAAAACAAGCAAGAGCAGUUAUAAAACCAAUCAUUAGUGCAAAGAAGAGAUUCGGCCUUGGAAUUUCUCCCAAUAUAAAUAGUAUCUAUUGUUUAAAGUCGAAAGGAACGUGUGCCGUUUAUGGUACUAAAAAAGCUGUUUUUUUAUGA